AUGCACUCAAGCGAACCGCAAAAUCGUGAUCAUCUAGAGUCACCAACAACCGAUCAAUCACCUGGCUCGUUGCUGCUUUUUCGCCCAUGGCUCCAAGAGCACUACAUACACUCCGUCGAAGGUGGUCAUCCUGAUCUCCUAGUGCCACCACCAACCGAUCAAUCACCUGACGCGUUGCU